AUGAAGCUUUCAACUAUCUUGGUUGGCUCAUUAGCUACAUUAGUUUCUGCGGUUCCAUUAUUUAAUUUAGAAACUGCAUUAGAAACAACAAAUUAUUCACCAAGUGAUGAAAAAUUAAUUUAUGAAUUUGCUCAUCAAUUAACAACAAUUGAUCAAUUUAAUUCAACAAAUUCAACAAAAUGUGAAAAAUGUAUUGAAAGAUUACAAUUAGGUAAAUCAAUUGCAUUAACUAAACCAAAUUUAAUUUUCCCAAUUUUUACAAAAUGGUGUAUUGAUAAUAAAGUUACUGAUGAAACUACAUGUAAAAUGACUUAUGGUAGAAAUACUGUUUUAAAUGCUACAUCAGGUACAAAUUUUGCAAACUUAUUGACUUUAAUGGAUCCAAAUUCUUAUGAUGGUCAAUUAUAUUGUCAUUAUCAAUCAGAUAAACAUUGUCCAUUACCAGAAACUCCAAAAAUUGAUAUGUCAUCAUAUUGGCCUGAAAAACAGGAUAAACAUAAAAUUGCACCAGAACCAUCAAAUGAAACUUAUAAUGUUUUACAUAUUUCAGAUUUCCAUAUUCAAUUAGAUUAUAGUAUUGGAUCUGAAGCUAAUUGCUCUCAAUAUAUGUGUUGUACAGAUCAUAAUUAUAAUAAAUUUGAAAUUCCUGAAGGUUAUGAUUUUACUGCUAAUUUAACUCAAGAUCAAAUCAAUAAUUUAUCUUAUACACCAGCUUGGUAUGAUCAAGAUUUUGAAUUAGAACAUGGUGAUUCAAUUGAUAUUUCUAAUUCAACAAAAUGGUUCCCAGCAAAUACAUUUGGUCAUUAUAAUUGUGAUGCACCAGAAGUUUUAAUUAAUAGUUCAUUAAAAUCCGUUGCUAAAUAUCAAGAAGAAUUAGGUUUAGAUUUUAAAUUUUCAAUCUUUACAGGUGAUUUAGUUGAUCAUGAUGAAGAUUAUCAUUUAGAUUAUGAAAAAAUUAUUAAAUCUGAAGAAUAUAUUUUUAGAGAUAUUAAAACCACGUUGAAAAAUAUUCCAGUUUAUCCAGUUUUAGGUAAUCAUGAUACUUAUCCUUAUGCACAAUUAGCUCAAGAAAAAUCAGGGUUUGGUAAUAUUUUGGAUUGGAACGCUGAAUUAAUGGGUGAUUUAUGGGAAGAUUAUGAAUGGAUUAAUGGUUCAACUGCUAGAUAUGCAAGAGAACAUUAUACAGGGUUUGCAGUGGAAACUACAACAAAUUUAAAAGUUAUUGCAUUAAAUUCAAAUGCUUAUUAUGCAUCAAAUUUAUAUAAUUAUUGGAAUGCAACAGAUGUUGAUUCAUUUGGUCAAUUUCAAUUCUUAAUUGAUGAAUUAAUUGAUUCUGAAAGCAAAGAUCAAAGAGUUUGGAUUAUUGCACAUAUUCCAUUUGUUCAAGAAGCUUUACCUAUUCCUGCUGAAGUUUUCAAACAAAUUGUCAAGAGAUUUUCACCUUCAACUAUUGCAGGUAUUUUCUUUGGUCAUACACAUAUGGAUCAAUUUAAUAUUUUAUAUGAUGGUGAUGUUUUGGAAAAAACUGAAGAAAAUGCAGUUAAUAUGGCAUGGAUUUCACAAGCUGUUACACCAUUAACUGAUAAUAAUCCAUCAUGGAGAUAUUAUACCGUUGAUACAAAGACUCAUAGUGUUAUGAAUUCAUUUAAUUAUUAUACAAAAUUAAAUGAAACUUUUUAUAAUGAAUCAGAAGAACCAAAUUGGGAAUUUGAAUAUUCAGCUCGUGAAUCUUAUUCAGAUGUUGUUAAUGAAUGGCCUGAAACUUCACCAUUAAAUGCAACUUUUUGGCAUAGAGUUGCUAGUGGAGUUAAUUCAUCCACAGAAAUUGCUCAAACUUAUAAUAAUUUUAAAAGAAGAUUUAGUCCAUAUGUUCCACAAUGUAUUGGUACUAAUGAUUGUGAUGGUAGUUAUUGUUUCCUUGCAAGUUUUACAUUAAAAGAAUAUGAAGCUUGUUUAAAAACUUUUAAUGAACCAGAAUUUUAUUGA